AUGACAGCAUCACCACCGCACAAAGUGCCUAUCCCUCGUCAUGGCGUCGAUUACAGAGGCAAAAUUGUCUUGGCGCCAAUGGUGCGGAGCGAAACCAUUGACAAGGCCCUAAUUGGCACGACGAGACACUUCAACGCUGUCACUGGUACCGUGGACUUCACACGACUAUCUUCGAAUGGUGCGAAGAAUCCAGCCAUAAAUUCUGAGCAGCGAGAAAGUGUCAUCUAUCGACUCCAUCCCUCACGUGAAGGGAAGCGCCUGAUCUACCAAAUCGGCACUGCGAACCCUGAAACUGCCGUCCAGGCCGCGAAACUUGUGGCUCAGGAUGUCGCCGGCAUCGACGUGAACGCUGGAUGUCCCAAGCCCUUCAGCACAAGUGGUGGAAUGGGCGCAGCUCUGCUCAAGACACCCGACAAGUUGUGCGUGAUUUUGCGUGCACUCGUCAGCGAAGUCGGCAUACCGAACGAGAUUGGCAUCAGUGUCAAGAUACGUAUCCUGGACACUCCAGACGAGACGGAGAAGCUUGUCCGCAACUUGUGCGCAACAGGAAUUACUGGCCUGACUGUACAUUGCCGCACCACACCCAUGCGUCCACGAGAACGUGCUAUCAGAGACCAGCUGAAGAUGGUUGCCAAUGUGUGUCGAGAAGCAGGAGUUGCCUGCCUCAUGAACGGCGACGUGAUUUCACGCGACGAGGCUCUCAAUCUCGUGUCGGAAUUCGGAUGCGACGGUGCCAUGAUUGCCACGGCAGCGGAGACCAACCCAUCAGUCUUCCGACCGACAGCGGAAGGCGGCAUGGCGCCAUGGGAGGAAGUGGUCAAGGAAUACGUGAAGACGUCUCUGGAAGUGGAAAAUCGUUGGGGCAACACGAAGUACCUGCUAGGUCAAAUGAUACCUGGCAAGAAUAACACAUACAAAAAAAUGCAGCUCACGAAAAGCUACAGUGAGCUGGUCAAUGCUCUAGGCUAUGAUGAUGGGUCCCAAGCUUUGGCUCGUCGAGUGGACAAAGGUCUUGAGAUUGGAGAGUAUGAGAAGGCAAAGAUGACGAAGGCAGAGCGAAAGGCUACAAACAAGGCUGCCAAGAAGGUCGAGGAAGUAGAGACAACACCUCAGCGCGAACCGCUUACGAAGACGGCUGCAGGUAUCAAACGCAGUGCAGAGAUGGCGCAGCUCGACAUGCCGCCAGACAUUGCCCGCAAGAGUGGGCCGGCAAGCGUACCCGAGCAAGUGUCAACAUUGGGUGUAUGA